GGAAAGGACAUGAUACAAAACCUACACACACACACCAAGAAAUACAAAAAAAUAAAAUAAAAGCAGUAUGGCCUCAAACAGCAUCUCCGUUCUCAACGCCCUUGACAACGCCCGCACGCAAUGGUACCACGUGACGGCGAUCGUCAUCGCCGGAAUGGGAUUCUUCACCGACGCAUAUGACCUCUUCUGCAUCUCCACCGUCUCCAAGCUGCUCGGCCGCCUCUACUACUACGACCCCACCACGGGAAAGCCGGGGAAGCUCCCCCACAGAGUCAAUAACAUGGUCAUCGGCGUGGCACUCGUCGGAACCCUAACCGGCCAGCUCGUCUUCGGCUACUUGGGCGACAAACUCGGGCGGAAGAAAGUGUACGGCAUCACCCUAAUUCUGAUGGCGUCCUGCGCCAUCUGCUCCGGCCUAUCGUUCGGCUACAGCCCCAAGGCGGUGAUGGGGACGCUUUGCUUCUUCCGCUUCUGGCUGGGGUUUGGCAUCGGCGGCGACUACCCGCUGUCCGCCACCAUCAUGUCGGAGUACGCCAAUAAGAAGACCCGCGGCGCGUUCAUCGCGGCGGUGUUCGCGAUGCAGGGCGUGGGCAUCAUAUUCGCCGGUUUGGUUUCCAUGAUCAUAUCUAGGGUUUUCCUCGGGAUGUACGCGGGGCCGGCGUUCAGCCAGGAGCACGUGUUCUCAACGGAGCCGGAGGCGGACCACGUGUGGCGGAUCGUGCUGAUGAUCGGGGCGCUCCCGGCGGUGCUGACGUUCUACUGGAGGAUGAAGAUGCCGGAGACGGGGCGUUACACGGCGCUGAUCGAGGGGAACGCGAAGCAGGCGGCGGCGGACAUGGGGCGGGUGCUGGACAUCGAGAUCAACGCGGAGCAGGAGAAGAUCGCGCAGUUCAACUCAGCGAAUGAGUACAAGCUGUUCUCGAGCGAGUUCUUCGCGCGGCACGGGAAGCACUUGAUCGGGACGGCGACGACGUGGUUCCUGCUGGACAUCGCGUUCUACAGCCAGAAUCUGACGCAGAAGGACAUAUUCCCGGUGAUGGGGCUGACGCAGGACCCGACGAAGGUGAGCGCGCUGCGGGAGAUGUUCGAGACGUCGCGGGCGAUGUUCGUGAUCGCGCUCUUCGGGACGUUCCCGGGGUACUGGUUCACGGUUGCGUUCAUCGAGAAGAUCGGGCGGUUCUACAUCCAGCUGGUGGGAUUCUUCAUGAUGUCGGGCUUCAUGUUCAUCAUCGGCGUCAAGUACGACUACCUCAAGGACAAGGAUCACAAGUGGACCUUCGCCGCGCUCUACGGCCUCACCUUCUUCUUCGCCAACUUCGGCCCCAACAGCACCACCUUCGUGCUGCCGGCCGAGCUCUUCCCCACGCGCGUGCGCUCCACCUGCCAUGCUCUCAGCGCCGCCUCCGGGAAGGCCGGGGCGAUGAUCGGCGCCUUCGGGAUCCAGAACUACACGCAGGACGGGAAGGUCAAACAGAUCCGGAAGGCCAUGAUCAUCUUAGCGAUUACCAAUUUGAUGGGAUUUGCCUUCACCUUCCUGCUCACUGAGACCAAGGGCCGCUCACUCGAGGAGAUUUCCGGCGAAGAUGCUGGCUGCGGCGACGCCGGAUGGGGGGAGGAGCGGCCGGAUAAUAAAGAGGAUGCAUCGAGGAACGGUUAGUUAAAAAUCAUAAUAAUGGCACUAGUAGGAAAAACGCUUGAAAUAAAGGUGGCGCCAAAAUCAAAUAAGAGUUGGAUGAUGUGCAAUUAUCUUUUCUCGGCCCUCCAAAUAGGCUAGUACUAUUUUUUUCUUCAUUUUCUAUUUCGUGGCUGCUUUUUGUCCUUAAAACUCAAAUAUAAUUGUGAACGUUCUGGUGUGAGAAAUUACAGUUUAUGAGAUUCAAAUUUAAUUUUUAUUUUUGAA